UGUGUGCACAUCUCCCUUCAGUCUGCGACGUGGAGCCAAAACAACACACACACAGCAAUAAAGUGACAACAAUGCAUUUUGUGCCGGGAACUUCGGCCGCGGGUCAGAAUUCCUCUUGAUAUCUGUGUGAUUACAUCAACAGCACCCAGCCGGUAUAAAUACUGGCUGAGCAGCUCCAUCGGUCUCACAGUCGUCACAGAUCAGAUCGCUGAGGUGUCCUAAUCUCUGGUCAUCAUGAGGGUGUUUGCAGUUAUCCUUGCUUUGGCGGUCUUCUCAGGCUGCCAGGCACGAAGCGUGCUUCAGCAGGACUGGCAGAACAGCUGGGAAGUCACAGUCGAGAAGUUUAAGGAUUAUAUCACAGACCUGAACUCGAAGGCUGAUGCAGUGAUGAAGGACAUCAAGAGCUCCCAGAUCAGCAGAGAGCUCGACACCCUGAUCCAGGACAGCAUGGCAGAGCUGACCAUGUACAAGGAUGACCUGCAGACCAAGCUGGCUCCCUACACUCAAGAGGCCACAGACCGUCUGGGCAAAGACUUGCAGCUCCUGGCUGAUAAACUCCGCAAUCACAUGAUGGAGGCCCGAGAGCAGAUGAACACGUACAUGCAGGAGCUUCAGUCCAUGAUGGAGCAGAACACCGACGACGUCAGGUCCCGGGUCGCCACCUACACCCGCAAACUGAAGAAACGCCUCAACAAGGACACACAGGAGAUCAAGAGGCAUGUUUCCGACUAUUUCGGGGAGCUUCAGUCCCGCACCUCUGAGAACAUGGAGGACCUGAAGACAAGACUGGACCCUUACUUUGCUCAGGUGCGAGACAACGCCCAGGCGAAGAUCACCACCCUGAACGAUCUGCUGAAGUCUCAGGUUGAGAACGUGAAGACCAAGAUGCAGAGCACAGCUGAGGACAUGAGAGAGCGCUUCGAGAACAUGAAAGAGCGCUUCGAGGACAUGAAAGAUAGCUUCGAGGACACUGCUGACAACCUGCGAUCCACCAUGGCGGAUAAGCUGAGCGACGUGCGUGACUGGUUUCAAUCCUGCGUGUCCUUUUUCAGUGAACGCCUGUAAACCUUGCAACCACCCCGGACUGCUCAUUCAUCCAUGGAUCCACAGAUUAAAAUUGUAAUUCAACAGUAAAAGCUCUCAGAUGUUUGUUAGAUCUCUCCCUGUGACUUUAAUAAAAACCAGCUGCUCACAUGUGA